AUGUCCAACGGCGACGACCAGUCCCUCCUCGACCGCGUCGAGUUCCCCUCCAUUCCUCGCGAGGCGCAGAACAAGAUUGCUCAGGUGCAGGAGGAGUUCCUGCGCGCGGAGGUUGAGCAGCUGCGCAAGUCCGUCCCUCUCCUGGGCCCCAUUUUCAAGAAGCGCAAUGAGAUCAUCUCCCUGCCCAGCGUCCAGCCCGACUUCUGGGUCCGCGUCUUCUCCUGCGCCCCCGCCGAGAUCGACGAGUACAUCCUGCCCCAGGACGCUCAGGUUCUUGGCGAGAGCCUGAAGAACGUGAAUGUCGAGCGCUUCGAGGUCGACGCCGAGGGCAACGGCGAGCCCCGCAGCCUGCGCUUCACCUUCGACUUCAAGCCCGAGGAGAACACUCACUUCGACAACGCCCAGCUCGUCAAGGACUUCUACUGGCGCAAGCAGAUUAUCAAGACUCCCAGCGGCAAGCGCCGUGUCUGGGAGGGUCUUGUUUCCGACCCGGUCCGCAUCAACUGGAAGAAGGACAUGGACCCCACCAAGGGUCUGCUGGAUGCGGCCUGCGACCUGUUCGAUGCUGAGAAGAAGAAGGGCGGUGACCGCAAGAAGCUGCCCGAGUACGAGGCGCUUGUCAGGAAGCUCGAGCUCGCCGAGGCUGAGGCCAUGAAGGAUGAGGACGAGGAGGAGCAGCCCGAGGAUGAAGAUGAGAGCCCUGUUGGAGUGAGCUUCUUCUCCUUCUUCGGCUACCGCGGCCGUGACAUCUCCGCCGAGCAGUCCAAGGAGGCUGUCAAGGAGGACGACGAGCGCUGGGUCAAGAUCUCCAAGGGCGAGGAGGUUCCCGAGGAUGAGGAUGACGACGAGGACGAUGAUGAGGAGGACCUGGAGGCCCUUGUCGACGACCUCGAGGAUGCUGAGAUCUUCCCCGAUGGCGAGGAGCUCGCCAUUGCCCUUGCCGAGGACCUCUGGACCGAUGCCCUGAAGUACUACGUUCAAUCGUUCGAGCUCGGCGACGACCUCGAGGACCUCGACAUGGAGGAGCUCGAUGAGAUGGACGAGGAUGACGAUGAGGAGGACGACUCUCGCCCCACCAAGAAGGCUCGCAACUAA